AUGUCGGAAGCUUUCCGAAGGGCAAUGGCGAAUAAAUUACCUCAAUUACCUCAGACCAAAGCUCCUUGGGCUGAAGAGGAUGAAGAAGAACAAGAGGAAUUGGAGGAAGAAGGAGACGAUUUGGGGGACUUGCAUGCCGCACUACCACCCGCGACAAAGUACGGUUCGACAGAUCUAUCUCCACUCUCAGCCUCCCUUUUUUUCUCCCAAGCAUUAGAGGUGAACCCUUCAUCAUCUUCGUCGACUACCUUCCGAGUGUACCUCAGUCCGCCAACCGUAUCGACUGGAAACGGGAAGGGGAAAGGAACAUAUUUGAUCUGUCAUCACGGAGCAGGAGCUUCUGGUUUAUCUUUCGCUGCUUUAGCUAAAAACGUUACUGAGCAAAGCAAGGGUGAACUGGGUGUACUGGCUUAUGACUGUAGAGGUCAUGGAAAAACAAAGACUGAUUCGAAAGAAUCAGACAGAGAUCUAUCUCUACCUACACUGUUGAAUGAUCUCCUGGGACUGAUAGAACACAUCUUUCCAAAUACAUCUGACGCACCGUCCUUCAUCUUACUUGGUCAUUCAAUGGGUGCUGCACCUAUAUUAUCUUCCGCGCCGAUACUACAAAACAAGGGGUAUGCAAUCUCUGGAGUAGUAGUACUCGAUGUUGUUGAAGGUACCGCUAUAGAAUCACUUCCACUGAUGAAGACUAUACUUGCUCAAAGGCCCAAUGAUUUCAAAUCUGUGAUCGAUGCUAUACAUUGGCACUUAACAUCACAUACGAUUCGUGAUACUGAAGCUGCAAGGGUAUCGGUACCUUCCUUCCUCGUUCCCUCGAUGAUUGAUUCUGGGCCAGGAGGGAAACAAUUGUGGAGAACGGAUUUAUUAGCUACUGGACCAUAUUGGGAAGAAUGGUACACAGGACUGAGUAAGAGGUUCUUAAAAGCUAGAUGUGCUAGAUUACUGGUAUUGGCUGGACAGGAAAGAUUAGAUAAAGAAUUAAUGGUUGGUCAAAUGCAAGGUAAAUUCCAGUUGGAGGUAAUGCAAGAUACAGGUCAUUAUUUACAUGAGGACGACCCAUCAUCACUGGCUUCCACAUUGAUCCAGUUUUGGCGAAGAAACACUCGGAUUCUAGUGUUACCGCCCAAGAUCGGUCAACCUGGUGUACCCGGUCUCAAGGGGAAUGUAGUGAAGCGUGUGGGAGAGGCGUAG